AUGGGGACAGGCAGGCUGCAGCUGGCCCUCCUCCCCGGGCUCAUGCUGCUGUCCCUGUCCCCGGCAGGGCGAUGCACAGGGGCUGCCCAGGUGUUCAUGGAGCCCCAGCUCCGGGCUAGGGCUGGGGACUCUGUGCUGCUGCAGUGCCUCUUCCUGGACCCCGACAGCAAGGGAUGGACCCUGCACAAAGUGGACUGGCUGCACAGGGCAGGAGCUGGCACACAGGAGGAGAUGGUGUUUUUUUACUACAGCAACCACGGCGUCCCCGCGGGGCGCUUCAAGCACCGGGUGCAGUGGCGGGGGAACAUCUCCCGCUGGGACGGCUCCAUCCUGCUGCAGGACCUGCGUCUCAACGACAGCGGCACCUACGAGUGCGAGCUGCGCCUGCUGGAGACCAGCAGCGUCUUCAGGAGCCGCACGGUGCUGCUCGUCAGCCCCGCGGCACCCAGAGGUGCCGAGGAUGCGGCGCCCCCGAGAGACUCCGGGUUCUGGCCGGCCGUGGUGGGCUGCGGCUGCGUGGCCGUGGUGGUGGCGUUCCUGGCCGGGCUCUGCGUGAGGAAGAGGUUUGCGAGCGUCACGGCCCUGGAGAGGAUGGGGAAGAGCAGCAGCAAAGGCAAAGCAGAGGAAGCAAUCUACACCUCAAUCCCUGGAGCUGAGGUGCCCAAGGCUGAGCAGGAAGCAAAGAAGAAGAGGAGAGCUGAGGACACGUACAUAACCAUGCACCCGUCUCACUGCCGCGACAACGGCGUCUACGUGGAGCUGGCCAAGAGAGCCAUCCCGUCAGAGUGGAUAGCAGAGGGCACCCAGGGGCAUGGACAGGGCCAGGAGCCCCACAGCAGGCCAGAGGAGGCUCUUCCCCAGCCCCCAGAGCUGCAGAAGUAG